UCAACAUAAACUUCUAACAAUUAACUUAUUUUAGGGAGCCAUGUUUCUAUACCACCUCACCCUUCAAAGAGCAAGUAGCAUCUACACUUGUAUCCAUGGCAACUUUGCAGGAACCAAACAGCAAGAGGUGGUCGUCAGUAGAGGUAAGAUCCUGGAGAUCUUGAGGAUAGACCAGAACACAGGGAAAGUUAUACAGCUCUUCUCUACUGAGGUGUUCGGAACCAUCAGAUCUCUCAUACCCUUCAGACUCACAGGUGGAUCUAAAGACUACAUAGUUGUCGGCUCGGACUCAGGGAAGAUAACAAUACUAGAGUACAACCCUCAGAAGAAUAUAUUUGAUAGAGUUCACAUGGAAACUUUUGGAAAAUCUGGCUGUAGAAGGAUCGUUCCUGGUCAGUACCUAGCAGUGGACCCUAAAGGACGAGCAGUGAUGAUUGCUGCAAUAGAGAAACAGAAACUAGUUUACAUUAUGAACAGGGAUGACCAGGCCCGCCUCACUAUUUCCUCGCCUUUAGAGGCUCACAAAGCUAAUACUAUUGUGUUUGAUUGUUGUGGGGUGGAUGUGGGAUUUGAGAACCCUACCUUUGCUUGCUUAGAACUUGACUACGAAGAAGCGGACGGAGACCCGACAGGAGAAGCAGCCCAAAUGGCACAACAAACCCUAACCUACUACGAGCUGGAUCUGGGCCUGAACCACGUGGUGAGGAAGUACAGUGAACCUCUGGAGGACCAUGCUAACAUGCUUAUUAGUGUUCCAGGGGGUAAUGAGGGGCCUAGUGGGGUGCUGAUUUGUAGUGAGAAUUAUAUCACGUACAAGAACUUCGGGGAUCAGCCUGAUAUUAGAUGUCCUAUACCAAGGAGAAGGAAUGAUCUGGACGAUCACGAGCGGGGAAUGUUGUUUGUGUGUACAGCUACUCACAAGACAAAGUCCAUGUUCUUCUUCCUAGCACAGACCGAACAGGGGGACGUGUUUAAAAUCACACUAGAAGUUGACGAGGACUCUGUAACUGAGAUUAAGUUGAAAUAUUUCGACACAGCUCCUGUGUGUUCCUCGUUUGUAGUGCUGAAGACAGGGUUCCUGUUCCUUGCCUCUGAGUUUGGUAAUCAUUAUCUCUACCAGAUUGCUCAUCUUGGGGAGGAUGAUGAUGAGCCGGAGUUUUCUAGUGCUAUGCCAUUGGAUGAGGGGGAAACCUUCUUUUUCCAGCCUCGACCCCUAAAAAACUUGGUGUUAGUAGACGAAAUGGAGUCUCUAGCUCCAAUCCUCCACUGUAACAUAACAGAUUUAGCUAACGAGGACACUCCCCAACUGUACAGCGUCUGUGGGCGAGGACCUCGUUCUACUCUACGAGUGCUGAGACACGGACUGGAGGUUUCUGAGAUGGCUGUGUCAGAUUUACCUGGUAGUCCCAAUGCUGUGUGGACGGUAAGAAAGAGUAUUCACGAGGAGUAUGACUCUUAUAUUAUAGUCUCCUUCGUGAAUGCUACCUUGGUGUUGAGUAUCGGGGAGACAGUUGAGGAGGUGACCGACUCAGGGUUCCUGGGAACCACGCCCACUCUCUCCUGCUCUUCUAUUGGUAAUGACGCCCUUCUCCAGAUCUACCCUGACGGAAUCAGACACAUUCGCAGUGACAGACGAAUCAACGAGUGGAAAACUCCCGGUAAGAAGUACAUAGUGAAAUGUGCUGUAAACCAGAGACAAGUAGUAAUAGCGCUGACAGGAGGAGAGCUGGUUUACUUUGAGAUGGACCAGACUGGACAACUUAACGAGUACACGGAAAGGAAGGAUAUGAACAGUGAGGUGAUCUGCAUGGCACUGCCCAGAGUACCACCUGGUGAGCAGAGAGCUAGGUUCCUGGCUGUGGGUCUAGCUGAUGAAACAGUGAGGAUUAUCUCGCUGGAUACGUCUGAUUGUUUGAGUCCGCUCAGUACACAAGCUCUGCCAGCUAGGCCAGAGUCACUGUGCAUUGUUGAGAUGGGGCAGCAGGAAGAGGGUGGCACUAACUCCUCCACCAUGUUCCUCAACAUUGGGCUAUCUAUUGGCGUGCUGACCAGGACGGUAAUGGAUACUGUUACAGGAGAACUUUCUGAUACCAGAACCAGAUAUCUUGGUACCAGAGCUGUGAAACUGUUCCGUAUCCCAGUACACGGAGUGGACGCAGUUCUAGCUAUAUCCAGUAGAACUUGGCUCAGUUAUUUCUACCAGAGCAGGUUCCACUUAUCACCACUGUCGUACGACACUUUGGAGUACGCUUGUGGGUUCAGCAGUGAACAGUGUACUCAGGGUGUUGUAGCUAUCUCGACCAAUACUCUGCGGAUCUUAGCGCUGGAGAAGUUAGGAGCAGUGUUUAACCAGGUGACCAUGCCGCUCAAAUACACUCCUAGGAAGUUUGUUAUAGACGAGGAGUCAAGUAACAUGAUACUUAUUGAGACUGAUCACAACACGUUCACUGAGAACUCCAAGAACCAGAGAAAGCAACAGAUAGCAGAAGAGAUGGUGGAAACAGCAGAUGAUGAGAGUAAGAUGGAGGCCGCUAAGCUAGCUGAACAGUUUCUGUCUGAGGAUCUCCCUGAAGAGAUAUUCUCCUCUCCUAAAGCUGGAAAUGGAAUGUGGGCCUCUCAGAUCAGGAUUCUGAGUCCUAUCAAGCAGGAAACUCUGGAGAUUAUCAAGUUCGAGCAGAACGAAGCAGCCUUCUCUGUCUGUAUCUGUCAGUUUAACAACUCCCCAGUUCCGGGACUGACCUACGUUGUAAUUGGUACCUCCAGAGACUUGUCCCUAGCUCCCAGGCAAUGUUCCGGAGGGUUCCUCUACACUUACAGACUUGUAGAUGAUGGCUCUCAUAUGGAGCUGGUGCACAAGACUCCAGUAGAUGAUGUCCCCACUGCUUUGUGUCCCUUCCAAGGCAGACUGCUAGUGGGCGUCGGUAAACUACUCAGGAUCUACGAUUUAGGGAAAAAGAAACUACUGAGAAAAUGUGAAAAUAAACACAUUCCUAACCUAAUAGUGGGUAUAAAAUGCUCAGGUAACAGGAUCCUAGCUUCAGAUAACCAGGAAUCAAUACACUUUGUCAAGUAUAAAGCUGGUGAGAACUCUCUGGUAGCGUUUGCUGACGACACCUUCCCACGUUGGGUUACUCAGGCCACCAUGUUGGACUACUACACUGCUGCAGUGGGUGAUAAGUUCGGUAACCUGGCCGUGCUCCGCCUCCCCCAGGAUAGCAAGGAUAAUGUGGAGGAUGAUCCCACCGGAAACAAGGCUAUCUGGGACAGGGGUCUCCUGAAUGGAGCCUCCCAGAAGUUAGACAUGAUAAACAUGUUCCAUAUUGGUGAGUCUCUGACCUAUCUGGAGUUAGCUACUCUGAUACCAGGUGGUAACGAAGCCCUUGUUUACACAACGCUCUCUGGAACGAUAGGAAUGUUCGUGCCCUUCACCUCGCGCGAGGAUAUCGACUUCUUCCAGCAUCUGGAGAUGCACAUGAGGAACGAGGCACCACCACUGUGUGGACGCGACCAUCUCUCGUACAGGUCCUCCUACAUUCCUGUUAAAGCUACAAUAGACGGGGAUUUGUGCGAACAAUACAACAGUUUGGAGCCGUCUAAACGUAAGGCUAUCGCAGACGAGCUGGACCGGUCACCCAGUGAGGUGUCUAAGAAACUAGAGGACAUGAGGACCACUUACGCUUUCUAAACUUGGACUAAUUGAUUGAAUAAUUAAUUAAAUGUUGAUUUUUAGAAGCUAUUUUUAUUAUGAUCCCUAAUUUAUCACAGUAUGGAUGGAUCUGAACUGUUCCCGGCCCAAUUAAAUGUAGAAAUGAAAAACUUACGGACUUGCUUAAUUUAAAUGGUUAAACGCUGGCAUUUUUCCAAAUUGUCUGCAAUUUAUCUUGAUAGACUUUUAAAUAACAUGAUAUUUUCUUAUCGCAGACAACCGACUAUGUGUACGUGCGUUUAUUAUUUUAUCCUAUAUUUUAUUCUACA